AGGAAAAAAUGAGAAUAGCAGAAAUCUCAACGCCGGAGCACUUUCAAGCUGCCGCCGCACCCGACUCGCAAUCCCCUUCCCAAAAUCAACACAGUCAACUCCUCUCACAAAUUCAAUCCAAAAUCAAACAAACAGAGAGCCAUCCACCCGGGACCCCUCUACCCGACUCGCUCCCUUCUGAACUGCGCCAACUUUUGACAAACCUGACUCAACUCGCUCCCUUCCCCGCCGCCAACAACUCUCUCAAACUCCACCUCUGGAAACUCAGUUAUCGUCUCUGGAACGCCUGCGUCGACUUCUCUAAUGCAGCCGCCAUCCGCUCUCCAUCUUCCAAUCGCUCUUCUCAAAAUGUCACUAAGCUUCGCCAUGUGGCUGCCGAUAUGCUAUCCCUCGCUGUUGACGUCGUCGGAGUCCCUUCUCCGGCUAUAAAAUCCGCAUCGUUCUAUUACAAGACCGGCCUCGCAUGGCACGAUCAUAAAAUCUUUGACCUAGCUUCUACGUGUUUUGAGAGAGCCACGGAUCUUCUCUCCAAGCUCGAUGUAAGUAAAAUAUUAGACGCGGGAGAGAGGAAGCUUCUUUUAGAUCUGAACCUCGCGAGAUCGCGCACCGCAUGGGAGAUUUCAGAUAAAAAUCUUGCGUUAACACUACUGAAUCGGUCGAAAACUCUCCUUUUCGGUUCAUCAGCUCAUUUCAAAGCUCUGGCGAACCAGUUCUUAGCUUUUGCUAAAGCUGUUUUAUCAAGAAAUGAAAACAACGGUAGCUUCAACGAUGUGUUGAAGCUUCUGAAUGAAGCGUUGAAUUUAUGCGAGAAAGGAUUGUCUAUUUCACGAACAAGGGAAGAAACUGUGGAGAUCAAGGAAUUAAAAUCCAAAACGAUGCGUUUCAUCUCAGCCGUCCAUCUACAAAACGGAGAGUUCGAAAGUGUGAUCAAGUGCGUUAAAGUUUUAAGAGAAAACGGUGGUGAGAAAGGGGACCACCACGCUUCGUUGCCGGUUUUGGCAAUGAAGGCGUGGCUUGGGUUAGGAAGGUAUAGUGAGGCGGAGCAGGAGUUGAAGGGUAUGGUUGUAAACAAAGGGAUUCCGGAGGGUGUUUGGGUCUCUGCAGUAGAAACUUAUUUUCACGCCGUGGGAAAUGCAGGGGUGGAAACUACGAAAGGUGUAUUUUUGGGUUUGUUGGGGCGUUGUCAUGUUAGUGCACGCGCUGCUCUGAGGGUAGUUCAUAGGGUGGUAGGGGACGGUAAUGGAAUUGAGGGGUUGAGGACUAGAGGGAAGGUGGUGGCGGAGCUGGCGUCGGAUGAGAGAGUGGUUGCCUUGUUUGCUAGUGAGUCUGUGGCGAAAGAGAGGACGGCCAUGCAUGCUGUUCUUUGGAAUUGUGGUUCAGGUAAUUUCGAAUUGAAAGAUUAUGAAACGAGUGCUGAGAUGUUUGAGAAAUCUAUGCUUUAUAUACCUCAUGAUUUAGAGAAUAGAGUUAUUCGAGCCAAGGGCUAUCGAGUUUUGUGUCUCUGUUACCUUGGUCUCACUCAACUUGAUCGAGCUCAAGAAUAUAUCAAUGAAGCAGAAAAGCUUGAUCCAAACAUCAUAUGUGCUUUCCUUAAGUUCAAAAUCUGUUUGCAAAAGAAUGAUCAUUGUGGCGCUACCAAUCAGAUACAAAAAAUGAUCAGCUGCCUAGAUUUCACUCCAGAUUUCCUGUCUCUUGCAGCUCAUGAGGCUGUUGCUUCCCGUGCUCUUCCUGUUGCUGUUGCUGCUCUUUCGAACUUAUUAAAUUUUUACAACUCUGGGAAACCGAUGCCAACAACAGAAGUUGUAGUGCUACGCACAUUGGUCACAAUUCUCUCCCAAGACCUUGAUAAAGAGGCUGAAGUCCUCAAAUUCUUGAAACAAGCACACAAGAGAGCUUCUGAACUUGGAGCUGAGAGCUUUUUUGGGAAAGGUGAGGUUGGAAGACGAGAACGAAACUGGUUUGCCGUAACUUCAUGGAAUUUUGGAGCAAAGUGUGGGAAGGAAAAGAACUACGAGUUAUGUGCUGAAUUCCUUAGAUUGGUUUCUGGAUUUUAUAGUCGUAUGGGUGAUGGACAAAUGGAAGAAAACAAUGUCACCAUUUGCAAAUCAUUGAUCAUGACUGUCUCUGCUAUGAUCGCUUCAGAGAACCAAAAUACGACUCCAUUGCCAGAUGCUGAAGUAAAGCAUGCUGUUGAGCUGCUAGAAAGAGCAGGGAAGAUACUUACGUCACUAUCAAUGGGGAACAUUGAAGGUGAUAUCCAUUUCAUAUACGUGCUCAAUGCCUAUGAUAUGCAUGGAAGACUGAAUAAUUUAGAGUCCCAACAUCAUAUUGUGAAGAACUUUGCUGGCACAAAGACUUGCAGUCCUCAAUAUCUUCUCCAAAUUGGCCUGAAUGCCUCGCAAGGUCCAAGGUUCAAUGCUGAAGUAGCAACCUUUGCCCUCAGCGAGUGCCUCUCAGGCUUCCUUUCUUCCCCCUCUCCAAACUACCAGGAUGUGGCUCUCAUUGUCCGAAGAUUGAUUGCCAUAGCUAGUAUUCACAAGGGUAACACAGAUGACGAUGCAGUGCUCGGUAUGUACAAGCAAGCAUACCGAAUAAUGGUUGGGUUGAAGGAAGGGGAAUAUCCAACUGACGAGGGUAAAUGGCUCGCAAUGACUGCGUGGAAUCGGGCAGCCAUACCUGUAAGAAUGGGAGAGAUCAAUGUGGCAAAGAAGUGGAUGAAUGCUGGGUUGGAACUUGCCAGGAAGGUUGCUGGGAUGGAAACUUAUCAGGCAUACAUGGAGGAUUAUGUUGCUGACUUCGAAAAGAAAUUUCAUACGCAGAUUGCUGGUGAAAUACAGCCUCAACAGGUACAGUAGCAGGUACACAUCCAUACAUUUAACAAUAUUUCUUGAGUAGAAUAGUUUUUAUAUAUAUAGAUUGAUAGAGAUAUCAGAGCUAAAUGUAAUGCUAGAGGAAAAAGAACAUGAGCAUUUUACUCUGCUAGGGUUAGGCAUUAAAAUGACAGAAAUCCA